CAGGCCCGCAAAUAGUGAUCCAGCUCGCCACCACGGCCACCGCGACAUCGAGCCAUGUGGAUCGAAAGCGAUUUGGAAGCCUGAUUAAGGACGGUUACCCACUCGGGCGCACAGUAUACACACAUAGAUUUUGUGUGCAGGUCCCGAUAAGUUGGAGUGCCAUGUCGUCCCAAUGUUCAGCGGCCGCCGGAACACGUGGCCAGGGCGACUCGCUGGCCCCGGGAGAAAGAGUGAAGGUGAACGUCACUGUCAUGGGGACGCGCCUUUUCACGAACCUCGGUUUCGAGCUGACGUGUCCAACUGACAGCAGAAAGAGUUCCUCCAUCAUGAUUUGGCGACUGUCGCCCACCGACAAGACAAUCCGCUGGAGCGCCUUCUGGGACGGCAACGCACCGCCGAGCGACCCCAACCUGCCGAGCGAGGAUGGCGGUGGGCCUUACCCGGAGCAGGAGUUCCCCGGCGGCGAGCACACGUUCGUGGUGGAGCGGCGGCCGGCCGCUGGAGGCGUGCCGGACCACAUAGCAGUGUGGCUGCAGGAGCGGCCCGACCGCGUGGCCAGGGUGCGCGUGCAGGAGGGCUGCGACCGCCUCAGGACCACCACCUUCAUCGGCUCCAUCUCCCCGAAGUUCUACAACUCGGGCGGGGUCUGCGGGCACCAGGGCAUGGUGCUGCCCUCCGGCAGCAAGGUGCGCGUCGGCGUGGACGUGCAGAGGACCGACCUGGGCUUCCAGCUGGUGAUGCGGCGCCCCCAGGACGCCGUCGAGGCGAGCAGCGCGGUCGCGGUGACGGGCAUCGCGGAUGACCGCCGCGCGUGGGGCUCGUUGGCCAGGGGGCCGGACGGCCAAGUCGUCAGCAGCGCGCACCUGCCCAGUUACCGAGACCCCCUCGGCCAGCCGCAGUUGACGCCCCGCCUGCCGGACGGCGAGCACGUGUUCGUGGUGGAGCGCCGGCCGGCCGAGAUGGCCGUGUGGCUCGAGGCGCGCCCCAACUUCGUGGUCAGGGCGCCCGUGCUGCAGGGCGAGCCGCUCCACCUCGAGCUGCACGCCGCCCUCAACCGCGUGCUGUACGACAAGGCGUGACCAGAGCCACGGCCGGCGCGGCGGGUGGAACUGGGGGAGUGUUCCCCGCAGUUCGUGAUAGUGGUCCGAAAGGAACGAAAGUUCUCAGCCAUCGUCAGGGUGGUUCCAGAAGUAAAUUUGAUCCGCUAUUGUAUCUUGUGAGCGGAAACAUGGUCCGAAUAUAAAAUUACAUAUCCCGUGCAUAGACGAAACUGCGUAUUUAUUUUUAAGGUGGGUGUACGCCAGACCUAUGAUGUUUGAUUCGAUCUCAUGAUCGUCGCCAAUAUGAUGUUUGAUUCGAUCUCAUGAUCGUCGCCAAUAUGAUGUUUGAUUCGAUCUCAUGAUCGUCGCCAAUAUGAUGUUUGAUUCGAUCUCAUGAUCGUCGCCAAUAUGAUGUUUGAUUCGAUCUCAUGAUCGUCGCCAAUAUGAUGUUUGAUUCGAUCUCAUGAUCGUCGCCAAUAUGAUGUUUGAUUCGAUCUCAUGAUCGUCGCCAAUAUGAUGUUUGGUCUCUCAUCCUUGUAGCCAAGUGGAAUGUACAUGGCACCAGCAUAGCCAUAGUACGGAAAGUCAAAUGUGGACCUGGGGUGCCUUGUCCAACUGACACAGUUGAUCGACAUGAAGAGAAACAUAAGCACUCUUUCAGUAUUUUCACAGAGUAUGCCGCCAAGUCCAGCUCUCACAAAUCGAAUGACUGCUCGGACAUUUGAUGCAGCUAUCGGUUUGUACCCUCUCCGGCUCACACGUAUGAGGUUGCCAUACGUGCCGUCGGGAUCCCUCUUCAGUUCAUGAAAGGCUUCCUGCAUCAACUUUGAGCAUUUGUGGUUGCCCCACAUGGUAGUUGUGUUGUACUCAAACAGUUUGAUAUGAGGAAUGGUGACGAACCGCAUGGAAGGAUCGUAUCUUUCUAUAUCCUUGUCGCCAUACAGGCCAGAAAUGGAAUCAUCUUUCCAACUUGACCUCAACACCCCCGUCGCCAGAUCGACCAUGUUCUCUCGAUACUUAGCUAUCACGGCGACGGUGGUGUUGAUAUCAUCAUCUUCGGGAUCUUCUCGCAAGGGCACGGUCCCCGAACCCAGUUCCAGCAUCAUGUUGUUGUACAGCACCGAGACUUUUAUAACUGCCCCCGAUUGCAGUCUGGAUUCCGGGGGUAUUUGGUUGAAAUCAAUCUGGUUGAAAAUGUAAUCCACCAAAUCUGGCUUUACAAAAUUGAUGUCAAUCGUUCUCUCAAUUGGUGUAAUUAGGAAUAAUAAUGGACUGCUGUCCCGUCUGUCCCUGUUGGCUUGUGCCGGCACCGUCUGAUUCAGAUGUAGUCUGGCGUUGCCGCUGAUCAUUGUUGACAUCUCCGUCUUCUGUCUGGUCGACCUCCAUGUCCUCUUCCUUGAUUGGCAAUCUGGAACCUAAAAGUUUGUCAUCUUUCUGGUGUAAAACUAUUCUGAGAUCGUCAUCAUCAUCAUCCUCUUGCAGAUUUUCUACAGUAGUUGUAUCCUUUGUUCUAUUGACAAACAUUCCUUCUUCGUCCGUUGAUGAUUCAUCAUUAUCUCCAGGUGGAUUACCGAAACAUGUUGUACUAGCUCCAAUGAUUUUCUGCACUGUAUUUGGCGAAUAUACUUCUGCAUCUGAUACUCGUCGCCAAAAUGAUGUUUGAUUCGAUCUCAUGAUCGUCGCCAAUAUGAUGUUUGAUUCGAUCUCAUCCUCGUCGUCAAUAUGAUGUUUGAUUCGAUCUCAUCCUCGUCGCCAAUACAAGGUAGGUGUACGCCAGACCGUGUCUGGUCGUAACAGGCUUCGCGAUGCUGCGCCAGUUUCGACCAUCCACGCCUGGUGUAUUCACCUCACUGGUAAAACUAAAGCGUAAU